CAUUUUUUCCAAAAGUAUGCUUAUUUGCAACAAUUAUUGAUAUUGGUUCGGCUAAUCAUCCGGAAAAACAAGGAUUCGGAGAGUAGUGCCACCAGCAGCAGCAAUGACAACAAAUUCCAUAUUCCAGUUCUGUUGCAACUGCAACAAAAUUUUGCUACAGUCAAUAUUGACAUUUAUGGCGAUUACAGUCUUUUCCAUGUUUCUUUGCAAGAGAAAAACGAAGUCGAAAAAGGAGAAAGUCAUAGUCCGGAUAUAGGAAGGCGCAAAAAGUCAGCAGCCGAAUCAUCAGCUGGCAAAAAACAAUCAGAACCAGAUUCACAAGGGUCAAGUGCCAGCAAACAAUCAAAAACAGAGCAGGAACUAGGUAAAGUCGAGGCAGCACUCAUUGAACGAACUCAGGAAAAAGACGAUGAUACACCGCUGGAGAGCGAUAAAAGUGAGCGGGAAGCUAAAGAAGCAAAAACCAAGAGCGAUUAUAAAAAGGAAAAAAUGCCGGUUGAUGUGAUUGAAGUCCCAUGUGGUCCACUGGAUCAAACUCAGCGCACUACUUUAAGUCCAGCAAAAGCGCAAUCACCACCUGAAAUGUUAUCAGGCAGAGAGGAGAAAGCAAACAAACUCGACUGCAGCGAUAAGCAAACGUUCUCGAGUUUUCCGGCAGGAAAAGCAUAUGUUCCUUUAACAAACUCAUUCAAAGGAUUCACUUUGGUGCUUGUUCUUUUCCAGCAGAAGAAUGGGGGAAAUGGAUCGAACGGUGCCGCCGAUGAAGCGUCAGAAUCGAGUACAGAAGAAGAAAAAACAGAAAAGGCUGCGGAAAAACCUAAAACGUAUUUGCUGUAA